UAGAGCUUUUCGCAGAGGUCGACAGCCUGCAUGAUUUCAGCUCAGGUCCUGUGAAGAGUGCUCUUAAUACCUGCACGUUACGGUUAUUAUUAUUAAAAGAGAGAGGGAGAUAAAAAUACAAAUGGCUGCUCAUAAAUUAGUGCUGAUUCGCCACGGGGAGAGCUGCUGGAACCAGGAGAACCGCUUCUGCGGCUGGUUCGAUGCUGACCUUAGUGAGACCGGGAUUCAGGAGGCAGAGAGAGGCGGACAGGCUUUAAAGGAUGCUGGCUUUGAGUUUGACAUUUGCUAUACCUCUGUUCUGAAGAGGGCCAUCCGUACCUUAUGGCUUGUUUUGGAUGGCAUCGAUCAGAUGUGGCUUCCUGUGCACAGGACAUGGCGUCUUAAUGAGCGCCACUAUGGUGGUCUGACUGGCUUAAACAAAGCUGAGACUGCUGCCAAGCAUGGUGAGGCGCAGGUGAAGAUAUGGAGGCGCUCCUAUGAUAUCCCCCCUCCUCCCAUGGAGGCUGACCAUGACUUCUACAGUGUUAUUAGCAAGGACCGGCGUUAUGCUGACCUGACCGAGGACCAGCUUCCUACCUGUGAGAGCCUGAAAGACACUAUUGCUCGUGCACUUCCAUUCUGGAACGAAGAGAUUGUCCCUCAGAUCCAACAGGGCAAGAGGGUGCUGAUUGCUGCCCAUGGCAACAGCCUGAGGGGUAUAGUCAAGCACCUGGACGGUAUGUCAGAAGAAGCCAUUAUGGAGCUGAACCUCCCUACAGGCAUCCCCAUACUUUAUGAGCUAGAUGAGAACCUGAAGCCCAUCAAGCCAAUGCAGUUCCUGGGAGAUGAGGAGACUGUGCGAAAGGCCAUGGAGGCUGUGGCAGCACAGGGCAAGGCCAAAAAGUAGAAAACUUCCAUAGACCGAUUGUUUGAAAGCACUGAAAGGCUCUAAAAGAAGCUACUGCUAAACUCAUUUAACACCAUGAUUCAGUGCAUGAUUGGAAACUUGUAUAUUAAUGUCGAGUCACAUUGGUAGUUAAAUGUCUAACUGAAAUGUAGUUAUGAAAAUUAUUUAUUGACCAAAUACCAUUGUGGACCACUUCUAUCUCAACAUCCUUCAACCAAAUGCUUUCAUAUUUUGUGAUGGACCAGGAAGCUGAGCUUUAGGCUACAGAAAGAAUUUACUGUAAGGUACAAUCAGAUUGUACAUUUAGACAAGGGACUCUAGCAUAUAACAUAUGCUGAUGUCUUUGAAUGCUGAGCACUUUGAAAGGAAUGAAGACAAGGCAAUUUCUUCCACAAAGGUUUGUCUUGUUUCAGGUUGUAAAGAUUAAAAUGCAGUCAUUUCCUUGUAUAAUGAAUUAUGUAGUGCUACAUUGAGUAGAAGCCCAAUAAAAGUACAAUGUGGUUGAAA